GAGUGUUGAGCCGCAGAAGCGGCGAACGUCGCUCGAAUCCUGUGGUGAAGAAACAGAUCGAGUGGGGAACAGGCCACGAGCCGUGCGAUGAUCGCAUGCCUGAUCCAAUUUAUAGCUGACCCCCCAGUGUGCCGAAGGGCACUGCGGUGAAAUUCGGCCUCGGCUCCCGUGUUCCGAUUGGUUUUGUCCGCAACUGGUGUGUCAGGCACUUGCGAUAUGCUGAAGGGGACGUGUCACGACCUGUGUUCGUUAUCUUCGUUUACUUAUCGUCGUUUGACAAGUCGGAUGAGUGUCUGUCGGAACUCCGCCAUGCACAGCCAGAGGCCAUGCCUACUGCUAAGAAGAAGCAGACCGACAAGGAGUGCGACUGGAAGCAGUGGUGUCGUAGGAAGUGCACCAUCAGGCUGGUGCUGGGCUACGUGGCGCCCCUGCUCCUGACGCCGGCGGCAUUCGCCAACAGCAACAUGUUGUGGUGCCUGUCGGUGGGUCUGCUAAUGGUCGCGUGGACACUCUUGGGCACGGUGCCGGUGCCAAUCACCUGGCUGCUCCCCUUCUUCGUCCUUCCCCUGGCUGGCGUCACCUCGGUCUCGGACCUCGCCGGCAUGUUCAUGGAGGACAGCCUGGUGAUCCUGCUGCUCGGCAUGAACCUGCUGGUGGCCGCGGGCGAGGAGACGGCGCUGUGCUCGCGAGUCGCGCUGUACGUGAUCGAGGCGUUCGGGCUGCGCCUGCGCGGCAUCCUCCUCGGCAUCACGGGCGUCACCUUCCUGUCGGCGCAGCUCCUGAUGGGAGGCUCCGCCACGCUGCUCAUGUGCGCCGUGGUCGAGGCCACCAUGUUCGAGCUGCAGCACGACCUCAUCGCCGCUACCAUCGCGCACGGCAGGCGUAGAAACGUGCGCACCACCGUCGGCGAGGACGUGGUGAUGACGCCCGUGCACGUGAUGGUCAUCUCGCCGCGCAAGACGCCGCCUAACGGCGGCUCGCUCGACGACUACGACGAGGAGGACGACGAGGAGGACGAUAGCAGCGAGGACGACGACGAGGCCGACCUGCGGCCCCGCGUCCUGGUGCCCUCCAUCGCCCCCUUCGACGCGCGCAACCCGGGCGCCUUCUACCAACUGCACGGGACCGUGCCCGACGAUCCCAGAUACAUCGUUGGCUUGGACGCCGUCAUACCAGAGAUUGACCAAAAUGAGGAUCCCAGGGCGCCGAAGAAGAGCCCCAUACUGAAGCAUCGAAACACGGCCAAGAUGUUCCUCCUGGAAGCGCACCGGUUCCACAAGAUCAAGAAGGCGCUGCUCAUCAACGUGGCCCACACCAGCGCCGUCGGGUGCAUGGCCACCAUUUUGGGCAGCACGUCGGGCAUCUACCUCCGGGACUACUUCCACUUCACGUAUGGUUACGACGCCGUGACCGCGCUCUCGUGGACGCUGCUAGGUCUUCCCGUGGCCACCGUGUCCGUCCUGCUCUGCGCCUUCAUCACCUACUUCCUUUUCCUGCGGGCAUACGAUAUCCAGGAAGACGGCGACACCCUGAAGAUCAUCACCGAAAUAAUCAAGAAGAAGCGGAAGUUUCUGGGCAAGCUCACCUGUAAGGAACGAAUCCUGGUGGCCUCCAUCGGCGCGCUGUUCGUUUGCUGCGUCACCAUCAGGGGCGUCAGCAGCCUCUUCGGACUCGAGGAGCAGCUCUCAAUCAAGUACGCCCACGAGUCGGUGAACGUGAUGGCGGUCGUGGUGCUGCUGUCUCUCCUGCCGCACGGUCGCCGGACGGGGUCGGUGCUCGACUGGCACACCGUGUCCGGUCGCAUCUCCUGGCGGGCACUGCUCUCGGUGGGCGGUGGACUCUCGCUUGCCGGGGCCGUAGAGUCCUCGGGUCUGUCGCGGCGCAUCACCGAGAAGCUGAGCAGCCUGGACUUCCUCAGUCCGCUGCAGACCCAGGUGGUGCUCAUCGUGCUGACCACACUGCUCGCCGAGGUCAACACCAACGUGGUCAUCGCCAGAUUCCUCAUACCCAUCGCGUCGGACAUCGGCGUGCUGACCAACGUGCACCCGCUGUACUACGCCCUGCCCGUGGCCAUGGCGUCGUGCACGCCCACCCUGCUGCCCACGGCGGCGCCCAGCAUCGCCGUCGUCACUUCUGCCAUGGACAUCCAGGUCGUCGACAUCCUGUACCCGGGCCUGGCCAUCAAGCUGGGCGCCAUCCUUCUGGUGCUCGCCUCGGUGAACACGGUCGGCGUGUCGCUCUUCUCUCUGAGCGACCUUCCCGCGUGGGCCGUCGCCAAGAACGGCAACAUGGCGGGCAUGGCGGGCUCGCUCGCUAACGCCAGUGGCGCCCCCUAGCGUCGUUUCGCCGCACCUCUGGCGUGAUCGGAAGCCGGAGGGCCGCGCGGACUGCGCGGCGACAUUUUUGUUGGUCACCGUGACUCGGCAACUUUCCGCAUCCCUGCACGCACCGUUCCCACAUAACUGCUGCAGUGCGAAAGACCGACUUUUGCUUUUUAUCGUUGCAUUAUUCUUUUCUUAGUUACGAAAGUGUUCCUUCAUACUAUAGUGUUUUAUUCAUGUUUAUUUGCCAGUGAUUCGACCGACGCCUCCAUCUCUCAUUUUGUGACGACUGCAUGUUCUUCGCAAUGAGUGUCGUAAUCUUCCUUGUGCUUGCGCAUGCGCAAAGAGGCGACGAGUAACGUAACGUGUUCCACGCGAGAAUGAGAAGAAAUCUCGGGUCGUCCUGCCUGCGGAACGCUUUGUCGACGCUUUCCCGGAUUGAACGCCACGACGCCUUCCUCGCUCUGACGUUUCUUUGGCGUGAUUUCGCUGGUUCGUGCACGACACCUGUAACCAGCGGACGAGCUUCAAAUUUUUGAGAACCAACAUUUUGCGCUUUACGCAUCAAACAGAAUGAAAACAUAAGCUGCAUGUUCUCGUUUCAACGAAAAUAGAUCAAGGUGCAUCUGCUUAUCCAGGGUAAUAAUAUAUAUGAAAAAUGUCGCCUCAGUAAAAGCCGCUGUAAAAAAACGAAAGAAAACAUUUCUUACGCCGGAGGAAACUGCUGUGUGCCUGUGAGCAAAGUGUACAAGAUGUCAAGUUAUUCACUGUGAAGGAAUUUUUCUAUCUCUCUUGCCAGUCCGCUGUAGCGUGAGCGGUUGCGAGGGCAGCAGUUCAUAAAGCCGUGCUGAAGUUUCCUUCAAGCACCCCCCCCCCCCCCCUCUUGUUAAAGUAUGCGUGAGGCCUUCGUGACUUAAUUUGAUGCCUUUUUGAGAAAAUGUCUCUUAUUUCCAGAUAUUAAACUACACAAUGGCACUGUGGCUUUCGCAUUUGACGACGACACGCACAGCAUAUGGUUCCACGGUCCGAAAGCUACACACUUACACGAGGCAAAAUGCGUCCUAGGCGAGAGGAGUACGAGCGAGACCAUCCCGAUGGACACGCGCACGCGCGCACGCGCACACGCACGCACACGCACAUAUAUAUAUAUACAGUUGAAUCCCGCCACAACGAAUACCGCCACAACGAAAUUUCCGCGACAACGAAUAAUUUUUUAUUCCCCGCGAGUAUCCUAUAAGAAUUAAUGGCCUAAAUUUCUCUGCACAACGAACCAUUUUUGCAGAGCGUUUCCGCUUCAACGAAAUUUUCGCGUUCAAAAUCGAAACCGAAACUAGUUUUAUUGGCGAGAAGUCCAAGUCAAAUCCAAAGCCACAUUAAGCAUGAAAUCACGUGAUUGCAGUUCCGCCAUUUUGGCUUUGUGUCGUGGUCGCGUUGUUCACUCGCUGCCUUUCUCUUCGACAACGACGAGUUUUCAUCCGCAGGACACGAUGGCAACGCAAGUGAAAAAACGCAAAACUCUUUCCCUUGAGCAAAAAGCUCAAAUAAUCGCCCAAGCAGAAAGCGGAAGGAAGAAAGCGGCAAUUGCUGAAGACUUCGGAAUUCCUGCAAGUUCGCUGUCAACGAUUCUAGGCAAUAAGGACAGCGUGAGAAUGGCACUUGCUUCAGGCACAUCCUCGAAGCACAAAAAGGUGACGCGGCCCCUCCAUGAAGAGUUGGACAAAGCAGUGCAUGCGUGG